AUGUCUGUUAACGAAGAGAAAGAGAGUGUCUCGAGCGAUGUGCUCUCUCCGAAGCUACUGGCCGAGCGUGAUGAAUCAGAGAUUGAGAAUCAAAUACCUAAAGAACCUGCGACACCUCCUCCGCCUCCGAAUGGAGGACUCGUUGCCUGGCUUCAGGUCGCAGGGGCUUUCUUCCUGUUCUUUAAUUGCUGGGGCGUGGUCAACACCUUUGGCGUUUACCAAAGUUACUACGAAAACACCUUGUUACCGAACUAUUCGGCAUCGUCGAUUUCAUGGAUCGGAACAGUCCAAGGCUUUCUGCUCUUGAUGGCAGGACUAGUUGUUGGGCCUAUCUAUGACAAAGGCUACCUCAGAUCGCUGAUUACGGCUGGCACGUUUCUGGUCGUAUUCGGUCUAAUGAUGACCUCGCUGGCAACAAAAUACUACCAGGUUUUUCUAGCUCACGGCCUUACUGUGGGACUUGGCUGUUCGUGCUUGUUCCUGCCAAGUAUUGCUAUUGUAGCGACCUAUUUCACCUCGCGACGUGCACUAGCGACUGGUAUCACUGCCUCGGGGGGUAGUAUCGGAUCUGUGAUAUACCCUAUCAUAUUUCACAAAUUAAUCAACCCCUUGGGCUUUGGCUGGACAACGCGGAUCAUCGCCUUCGUCGCCCUAGCCGGACUCAUCUUCUCCAUCGCCGUAAUGAAGCCACGUCUCCCACCACCUAAACAACCCCGAUCCCUACUGGAUAUGGCCGCAUUCAAAGAAACCCCCUUCGUUAUCCUCUGUGUGGGCUUCUUCUUCUCCUUCGUCGGCCUAUACUUCCCAUUCUUUUAUCUACCAACCUACUUCAGCUUUUUCCUCCACUCCGACGGUGACAUCUCAUUCUACAUAAUCGCCAUUCUGAACGGUGCCUCCGUCUUCGGACGCAUCGCACCCGGACUAAUAGCCGAUUACAUUGGCUCCCUCAAUACCAUUAUUCCGGUUAGCUUUAUGGCGGCUGUUCUGGCCUUUGCGUGGAUCGGAAUCCGAAAUGAGGCGGGUACUAUUGUUUUUGCUGUAUUAUACGGUUUUGCUUCCGGGGCGAUUGUGUCGCUGCCGGCAACUAUACUAGCCAGGCUUACGUCUAAUAUGAGUAUGUUGGGUACGCGGAUGGGAAUGUCGUUUAUCUUUGCGGGGCUGGGGUUGUUGAUUGGAAAUCCUAUUGCAGGGGCGUUGUUGGAUAUAGAGGGGGCGGUUUUCUGGAAGGGGCAGCUAUUCAGCGCCGUGAUGGUUGUCAUCGGAACUGUGUCGUUCUUGGGGUUGCGAAUUUUGAUGUGGAAGCAGGGCGAAGGGUGGAAGAUUUGA